CACAAUCAGCUACCUGACCUACACACCACAUUAGCCCUCCGUAUCUGGGCACCCACGCAUAUUCUCAGCAGUUCCUCGGGGGGACCAUGCUCUCGCAAUGCAGCUCAGUCCUCUUCAGUCGCGACUGGCGGCAUCUCUCGUCGCAUCAUGUUUGCUUCUGCUCCUCUACCUGGUCUUGUUCCCCCCACACUUCGCCCUGGCAGCCGAGUUGAACCAAGCAUUCGCCGUCAAUUUCGAUGAUCGCGAUUUCUCGCCCAAUCCGGCGACGCGCGGAUUGCUCGAUCCGACGUACGAGCCAGACUUCCUUCCCUUUGACAGGAGCAUAAUAGGUCGCGCGCCGGACGGGUUCACUUCAUUGACCAACAAUGAGGCCAUGUCCAUGAACGUGGACGAGGGCACAACACAGCGCUUUGUUUUUGCAGUGCCCGGACUCUCUGAGCGGAAAGCAGAAAGGGGCCGGUUGGACCUGAGGGAUGAGCACAAUGCACCUGAGAAGCGAGACGUCAGCGCUAGCGCUGGCGACGGGGAGCACGAAAUUGCUCGAGGGCAGCAGAGUGCGAGCGUUGUGAGAAGACAGAGCUCUCAAACGGUAUACAUAUCGGCAAAUACCUGCGAACAGCCACAGCCGAUAGACCCCUCGAAAACAACCCUUGAGCCUCCUCAGCUUACCAUGUUCGUCUCGACAACCGCAGAAAACCAGGCCCCGGGCCCACUCGCCGACCCCAACUCGCAAGAGCUGGUUGUGUUCAAGGAAGGGGCUGCUAUGUACAGCGUCACUACUACGGACUCUGAGGUGUACAUUGGAAUACACGCGGCGAAUGUGUCGGAAGUAUUUUCGGGUAUAUACAACUUCCGAGUUGCAGCUUCCAUCGACAGCUUUUACUACAGUUAUAACGAGCAAGACGAUGCGGACCUCAUAUUUGUCGAUAGCGACUCUCAGGGCGCACUGCUGAUUACGCAUGACUUGACGGACAAGGCAGAUCCGCAGCUCGAGGAAUCGAUUAGGACCACACCGCCGUACGUGCUGUUUGCGCAUAACGAGAACGACAGGACCAUCAACGGUCUCAAAUAUUCGUACUGCGGUCUUGAGAAUUACGCCCAGAUUGCAGCCAGAAGGAACGGACAAGAAACGAAUCUUGUCCGGACGAGCAUCACCACAAGAGGCCCGGAAAAGCUCCCAAAGCAGCAGUUCUUUUUCAGCGGGCUGAACUCGAGCACAAACUAUACGGGCAUAUUGGCCAGAGAUGGCAGCCAGCUUAGCAAGAGACAAUCCACGACCGGUAGCGGCGGCGAGGUUUUCAGAUCUAUGAGGUUCUGGACAAAAUCUAGUAAGUGUCAUGGCAACUGCGCCUUGAUCACCGACCUCGACUUUUGCGACCAAGUCGCAUACUCAGUGCCCAGCAACCCCAACUUUGGCAACUCGACCCAGCUUGCCCAGUUUUACGACCGUUUCGCCUCAUCCAUGUACGAAAACUUCAACAAGUCGCUUGCCCAAAUACCGUGCGAGGCACCGCCGGAGCAGCGCUACUCCCUAGUGCGCGACUGCACCAACUGCUCGGCUGCGUACAAGGACUGGCUCUGCUCCGUCACCAUCCCCCGGUGUGAGGACUUUGACAACGAUGCGCCGUACCUACAGCCCCGAGCCAUCGGGCAGCCGUUUCCCGACGGCACCGCGCUGGACGCAGACAGGCUGAAAGGGAUGGAGAAUGUCAGGAGGUUCAACUCGAGCCGGAACCCGUUGAUCGAUGAGGUCAUCAAGCCGGGCCCGUACAAGGAGCUUCUCCCUUGCGAAGACGUCUGCUAUAAGCUGGUGCAGAGCUGUCCGGCUGCGCUGGGGUUCAGUUGUCCGCAGCCCGGCGGCAUUGGCUUUGAGGGGAACUAUGGCAGGCAUGAGGGAGGCGAACUGACGUGUAAUUUCCCUGGUUCGGCGCACUUCAAAUCUGCUGGCGAGAGGGCCGUUGUUCACUGGAGAUGGCUGCUUGGAAUUGUGCUAGUUGGUUUACUUGUGGUUUAAAGAUAAGUGGGCAUGUUUCAGGAGUUGCUAUGGAUUACACGGCGGGCUGGGUUUGGGCGUUGGCUAUUUUGGGCGGGUUGAAGAUGGUCAACUAGAGCGAUUUGCAUGAUUGUACGGUACUGUUCGAAACUGAUGAGGCUAUGGAUCAUAAACGACGGUGUUUCAUUCUGGAUGGCAUAGCUGGUUAAGCCAGGCCAAGGUCUACCUUGGAAUUGCAAGGGGAGGAUUGUCUGAAGAGGCUUGCUGCAUGUUCCGGGUUAUUGUAUCAAGAUAUUUUAGAGGACGUGUGUCAUGUAAGCCCACCGUGUCGUUUCUAGCCUCUUCCCGCUACUAUCACCGUCCUUGAAUAGGGUAUCUCGACCGUUUGCCGACCUC